AUGGAAGGAGGCGGGUCACGUAACAAUUCAACACCUACAAUUGAUAAAACAAGAGUUUUGGAUGUGAAACCACUCCGAAGCACCUCAUUUGUACCUGCACCUCCUUUUGGGCCUUACCCAUCUGGGUUUACACUAUUUUAUCCUUUUAGUGCACCACUUGGUUCCCAAGCAGCAACACCUGACCUUAACCAACAGACACACACCACUCCUGCAGCUCCCCUUCGCUCGUUUCGAGCUAAUUCAGAGUCUAAUGGGGAUGCUUUUAAUGGAGAAGCUGGGUCCUUUUAUGGUAGCAAGGGCUCCGCUAAGCGGACACCCAAGUCUUCUUUGCAGAAAAGACCAAGGAAGAGCCAAGAUUUAGAUUUUACCUUGGCUGUUGAUGAGAAUAAUUUCGUUGCAGGAGCUUGUUUGUCUGAAAGGGAUGAUGGAAAUAGGGAAGUGGUUUACAUAUGA